AUGAUCGUUAUUUCUGGAUCACAAAUACCACUUGGUACAUUGUUCCUCAAUCAAACUACUUAUAUAACUAGUGAAUCCCCGUUCGCAGUAGUAGUUGCUGAUGUUAAUAAUGAUCUCAAACUUGACAUAGUUGCUGCAAGCUGUGAUGCGAAUACUGUCAGCGUUUUUCUGAACAAAGGUGACGGAACGUUUUUUAAUCAAGUUAGUUAUGCUACUGGUUCUCAACCAAGAACAGUAGAUGUUGCUGAUAUCAAUGGUGAUGGAAAAUUUGAUAUAGUUGUCGCAAAUUCGGGCUCGAAUGCUGUCGGAGUUUUUCUGAACGGGGGAAAUGGGACGUUUCUUAAUCAAACUACCUUUGGAACUAGUAGUGGGCCGUACUCAGCAGCAGUGGGUGAUGUGAAUAACGAUCUCAAACCUGACAUGGUUGUUGGAAACAAUAAUGGGAAUACUGUCAGCGUUUUUGUGAACAAAGGUGAUGGAACGUUCUUCAAUCAAGUUACUUAUGCUGCCAGUAGUCACCCAAGAUCAAUAGCAGUUGCUGAUGUCAAUAGUGAUGUACAAUCUGAUAUCAUUGUCGCAAACCAGGGUUCGAAUAAUGUCGGAGUUCUUUUGAAUGGAGGCAAUGGGACGUUCCUUAAUCAAACUACCUAUGCAAUUAAUGGUGGGCCGUUCUUUGUAGCAGUGGGUGAUGUGAAUAACGAUCUCAAACCUGACAUAGUUGCUGCAAUCCCUGAUUCAAACACUACUAGUAUUAUCCUGCAUGGGUGA